CGAGAUGCGUCUGCUGAAUAUUCACACGCUGAAAUUGGAGAAUUUCCUCGGCGAUGUCCCCCCCUACGCGAUUCUAUCGCACACCUGGGGCAAUGGCGAAGUGACGCUUCAGGACAUGGACCGCGGCGAUUUGGACAAGAAACCGGGAUGGGCCAAGAUUGUCGGCUUCUGUAAGGCCGUUGUGAAGCUCUUCCCCGAGCCUCUCGAGUAUGUCUGGGUCGAUACCUGUUGCAUCGACAAGACGAGUAGCGCCGAGCUGUCCGAGGCCAUCAAUGCCAUGUUCCGCUGGUACCAGCUGGCCCAGUGCUGCUUUGCCUACCUCGAAGACGUGAGCCACAGCGCGUCAGGUUCCGUGGGUGAUGAGUUUGAGGCUUCGCGCUGGUUCACUCGAGGCUGGACGCUACAGGAGUUGCUUGCGCCGCGAGCCGUAGACUUUUUCGACCGCAAUUGGAACUUUCUGGGGAGCAGAAGCGAGCUCGCUGAGAGAAUUUCUACUACGACGGGAGUUGAUGAGGAGACACUGCUCGGGGGAGAUUUGUCGUUGGCGAGUGUCGCCCAGAGGAUGUCGUGGGCGGCGGAUAGGCAGACGACGCGCUUGGAGGACAUGGCCUAUUGUCUUCUCGGCAUCUUUAAUAUCAGCAUGACGAUGCUUUACGGCGAGGGCGAGAGCGCGUUUAUCCGGCUGCAGGAGGAAAUCAUCAAGGAAUACGAUGACCAGUCCAUAUUCGCGUGGGACGCGUCCACGGUGCCCGAGUCCAUCUCGACCAUUGGCAUCUUAGCGACGCACCCCCGGUUCUUCAAAGACUGCGCGUCUUUCGAAGCCCACCCGAGUCAAGGCCACAUCGUCGUGACCAACAGAGGCGUGCAGAUCGAUCUUCCGCUGAUCCGCUUCGAGCGCGACAUGCUCGGCGUAUCCGCACCAGAGCUGGCACGAGAGUGA